CUGUCAAUUUCCAGCCAUGCGAGAAUAAAAUCCAAGAAAGCAUCGGCCUAAUGAUCAUUUAUGGUUUGUACGUUACAUUUAUGAAGUUUAACAAACCAAUAGAAACCUGGGUGAAGAAAAAGAUAGGAGCUUCAACACAUAAGAAUGAAGCAAGCAAAGUGGGACCUGAGAACUCCAAGAGUGUCCUGGCUGUUAUGAACUCUAUCUCCCAACCAGAGGAGCAAAAAGAUAAAGUUACUUUUAGCUACGGCAUCGUCCAACUUAUGAUGCAUACGUUAGACCCAGUUACAGAUGAACCAAGCAAAGAACGAUCAUCUCGACUUUACGCGAUGGCGAGAAUGAAACUUAUCAGUCCAAGGAUGGCUCGCACAUUGAAUAAAAGAGGAAGCACUGAUCGUGAUGUCAUAAACAGGUACAACCAGAAAGCAAACGCCAACAGCAGCGACAAAGUUGAAGUGAAAUCCACAGCGGUUAUUUACGAAAACCAGGUGGUUCGUGUGGUCCCGAAACCGAACGAAACAUCCCCGGAAGGCGUAGCAACGAACAAUGAAGUCCCGCUUACAACAAUAGGGGAGGAAGAUGAGACACAAAACAACCAUCCAAGCAAUGGAGCGGCAGACAAUAGUCGUUCUGAUGUCAUAGAUGAAAACGGCUUUAAAAUUAUUGCGGAGAGGAAGCACUCUGGGAUUCCCCCAAACGAGGAAGUGGAAAUGAGCGAUAUGCUUGAUUUGAGUUGGCCGGAGACGAACGCGAAGCGGUGUAUCUACCUCGCAAUAGCUCCCAUCAUGUACGCGCUGUGGAUAACUCUGCCUGAUGUUCGAAACCCAAAACGCGAGAAAUGGUUUAUGUUCAGUUUCUUCGGGAGCAUUUUAUGGAUCGCUGGUUUCUCGUAUCUUAUGGUGUGGUGGGCUCACCAGGUUGGGGAAACCAUUGGUUUCUCGGAAGCAGUGAUGGGAUUAACUUUCCUAGCAGCUGGUACCUCAGUACCUGAUCUUAUUACAAGUGUUAUCGUUGCAAGGAAAGGAUUGGGGGACAUGGCGGUGUCAAGCUCGGUGGGAAGCAACAUAUUUGAUGUCACUAUUGGCCUUCCCUUCCCAUGGUUCGUAUCCUCACUUGCUCUUCAUGGUGGGAGUCCCAUCGCUGUCGAAUCCAAAGGUUUAUUUUGUUCGAUUCUCCUCCUAUUUGCGAUGUUGCUGUUCGUUGUGAUCAGCAUCGCGGUGUGCAAAUGGAAGAUGAGCAAACGACUUGGGAUCACGAUGCUCCUUCUUUACGUUGUCUUCCUUGUACUCAGUCUGCUACUUGAAUUUACUGUUAUCCAGUGCCCGGUGACCACUGGAUGAUGUCAUCGGUGAUGUCAUUUGGUGAUUUCAUUGAUAAUGUUAUUGAUGAUGUCCUUUGGUAAUACCAUUGGUGAUGUCAUUGAUGAUGUUAUUGAUGAUGUCAUUAGGUGAUGUCAUUGAUGAUGUCAUUUGGUGAUGUCAUUGACAAGAGUCUUUGAUGAUGUCAUUGAACUGCGAGAAGUGUUGAAACAUUAGUGCUCGUUAUUUAAACUCACGCCACAAGAUCUUUAAGGUCGUGGAAAUAUGUUUCACUUUAAAAUCGAAAUAUUAUUUACGACUAAAUUGCGCAACAAAGUAACUUUAAAUAAUUCGUUAAAGCUUUUCAAAAUGUCAUAAAAUAUUUUGCGCUAAUUUUUACACUUUGAAAGAACAACAACUUUUAGGAAAAGUUUAUGCCUGACAGCAACAACAGUGUGUUUUAGAACAUUAAUCACAGACAUUUGCAAUAAAGAGGUUGUUACACCUCAUGUGGUAUUAUCAUGGAAGUUACCCUUGUAUGGUACAGUAAUUUCCCAGCUUUGUUAACCUGUCUUCACCUACACACUACUUUGACUGUGAACUCCCAACACAAACUAUUUCAUUCUAUUAUACUGUGCUUAACAUUUAUUGUGGUUCACGUUAACUAAAAGAAACAAAUGGUAAGUUUCAA